ACUGCCAAUGGACCUCGGAAGAGAAGGCGUCGCGCUUCUGUGUUGGCGGCGGCUGCUAGCAAGGCGAGACCGAAUGGCUGAGUCGGGGAGGCGCCGAUGUAGGAGACAGCGCGAAGAACGGCGACGGAGACGAAGCAUUCAGCAGAAGGCAGCAGCUUGAGGGGAACCGGCGUCGAGGAGAUGGAAGAGAUCUGUGAUCUCCGGGUCGGGUCUUAGGGUUUUUGGUCGGGUUUUAGGGUCUUAGGGUUGGAGUUCUGUCUUUUCGGCGGUUUGGGCCCGUCGUGGGCCUAAACCCUGACCCCAAAAAAAAAAUCUGAGCGAGCCCGUAUACGACGCUGUUUCCACUUUCCACUUUCCAGUUCAUCGCCUUCAUCUUCGAGAAGGCUCGCAUUCUCAUUUCAAUUGCGGAAGUGGAAGUGAAAAGCGUAGCAGAGGUCAGGUACUUAGGUUCAGUUCCAUGGAUGCUGAUAAGGUCUCCCAUGCUGGAGAGUGCUCCACCUCCACGUCAAUGUCACAGACACAGCAAGAAGAACACGAACAAUGUCCGAACAUGGAGGAAUGCUUGAAGCUUCUGAAAGGAGAUCGAGACGAGCAGCGCCUAGCUGGACUCCUUCUGGUAACCAAGUUCUGCAAAGCAGAGGAUCACUCCUCCCUCCGUAAGGUCUACCACGCCGUCGGCACCUCCUUCCUCCAUCGCCUUCUCAGAACCGGCAUGCCUAAACCCGAAUCUGUUAAUAACGAUAAUCGAGUUGCAUAUUUGCACCUUGCCGUUACUGUUCUUGCUGCUUUGUGUCGCGUUCCUGAUAUUGCUUCUUCUCAAGACAUGCUUUCAAAAAUCCCUCUCAUUUUGGAAGUCAUCUCCACCCCAUCUGGUUCGUCGGUUCUUGAAGAAUGCUAUGAGUUUUUAUACUUGGUAUCGGCUGCAUCUAGUGAUGGAAUUAUGAAGCUUUAUGAAUCUGGAGGCAUCAAGAUACUAGCUUCUCAAAUGCCUUCUCUGCAGGAUGGUUCACAUCUAAUGGAAAUAUCUAUAAAACUCUUGCAAUUGAUUUUGAGUAGGAUAUCCUUGGAUAUAAUCUACAAUGAUUACUUACCUGAGCUCUUGGUUAUUUUAACAGCAAUAGCAAGGCAGUUUGCAGUCUUACACACAUCCUUAAAAUUUGAUGCUCUCCACCUGCUUAAUGGCAUUCUUUCUCCAAAAGACACGGCACAAUUUCUUGCUGCACUUCGAACACUUUCCAAAGAUAAUAUUUCAGACAAUAUUCGCAUUGGUAUUGUUGCUGUUUUGCAGAAUCGUGUUGGUAUGUUGAGACCAUUUGCUGAGAUAUAUUUACUAUGCUAUUUUACCUUGUUUUUCCUACUUCAUUUCUCACUGCUAUGGUUUUUUAGGUGUUUAUUGCUUGUCUUGGAGCAGUCAAGGGUUGAAAUUGCUGUUCUGCUGAAUGAGUUGGCCUAUCUAAAGUAUGAAGCACCGCAGGAUACAUCAGCUACUGCUGAGGCAAUUGAGCUAAAGCGGCGAAAUGUCGCUGUUGCCUGCUCUUUGGUUGAGAAGAUAAUAAAGUUAAUUUCAAACAUUGGUGGAAAUGAUGGAAACCUGCUUGAUGAAGGCACCUUGACAAAGCUGAUUCACCAACUUAAUGAGACAAUUAUGGUUGUACUAGAGUAUUUAGAAGAUGCAAAGGAACAUGGGCAAAAGAAAGGGGACGAUUUACUUGCGUCUGUUAGGAUUAUUGGGAGCUAUCUUGCUGAAGUGCCUCUUGCAUGCAAGGAGAAGGUUCAAAAUCUUUUAGGCUAUAUGCUUUCUGUUGAAGGAGAAGAUGAACAAAGCCCCUUUUAUGCUGUGUGCUUUCUGCUACCCCUGUUGUGUCAAAUUACUAUGGAGAUUGAAGGAUGCAAAGCUAUGGCUUCAUGCGGAGGACUCAAAAGUGUUAUAGAUUGCUUCAGUAAAUUAGUUGGGCCAGAUGGUUAUAUGGUUGAGGACAAUGGUUGCAUCUUUUUGGCAUGUGAUACAAUAAUGAACCUUCUACUAAAGAAUGACAAAAUUCAGUUGACGGUAGAUGAAUCGUCCUUUGUUAGUCUUCUGAGGGCAUUGGCUUAUUGGUCAGGAAAUACUGAUGACAUGUCAAGUAUGAUGAUGGCGGCAACCAUUUGUGCACUGGUAUUUGAUUAUACAUCAGAAGAGGCCCUUUUAAGCUGUUCUGAUUUCAAUAAUACCAUUCUUGGCAGUCUUUAUGAACUCAUCACAAGAUGUCUGGCUUCAUCAAAACAGGAUACAAAUGUGGAUAUGGAUCUCUCUGAGAUUAUUUCUGCUGGUUUCUCUCGAUGGGUUCAUAGGUACCCCCACAUCAGAGAGGCUAUGAAGACAUGAUUUUGACCACGUGAUUAGUUGUACGGACUACGCAUAUGCUUUCGAUGGAGGAUUACAAUCCGGUGAUUGCGGUUUGUAAUUAGCUUUGAUUUCAAGUCCUUUUAUAAAAUAUGAUAUUUUUGCGCAUUAUUCAAUCAUGUGAUGUUAUUAAAA